UAGUAUUACUAUAGACGUGUCGUGCUUAACUAUUUAGCACAACCAGGAACUAAUACCUACACCUGAGGUUCCGGACCGAGAAUGCUUCCGAAGCGGACCGCCAGCUGUCAGACAUCAAACUCCCGUGCAUCAAGACUCAUGCACGCAGAGUUCAACCACUUUCACUCGCAAUUGAGAUUGUACAGUGGUUUUAAUACGCGAGUUAUGCGGAAUACACAAUAUUAUUACAGCUAGCUUUGGAAUGCAUUCACUUUUACAUCGGAUUUCGUCAUCAAACAUGGAGAAAUUUGAAGGCUACAUCUUCACUGCGCUUUGCAGCACCAACUUUUUGAUAUCCUGCCUGCUGUUCUCAAGAGUCACUCGGGAGCAAAGGGAGCCAUACAUGGACGAGAUUUUUCAUAUCCCACAAGCUCAGAAAUACUGCCAUGGGAAAUUCAACGAGUGGGACCCAAUGAUCACCACUCUCCCAGGCCUUUACCUUGUCUCUGUGGGAAUCAUCAAGCCCGUGGUGUGGCUCGCAGACCUGACCGGCCAGGUGGUGUGUUCCACGGCCAUGCUGCGCUUCAUCAACCUGCUGUUCAACUGCGGCAACCUUUACCUGCUCUAUCUGCUCAUCUGCAAACUGCACCUCAGGGAGAAGACACGAACAACGUCACGCAGAGUCCUCUCCGCGCUGUCUCUAUCCACCUUCCCUGUGCUCUACUUCUUUAACUUCCUCUACUACACCGACGCCGGAUCUACUUUCUUCACCCUCUUCACCUACCUCAUGACGCUCUAUGGCUGCCACAAGGCCUCGGCGCUCCUCGGCGUCUGCUCCGUGCUCUUCCGCCAGACCAACAUCAUCUGGGUGGCCUUCUGCGCAGGCACUUUAGUGGCCGCCAAAAUGGAUGAGGCCUGGAGGGUGGAGCAUACGAAAAAGAGGGAUGAGAAGUCUCCUCCAUCCCAGGUCCCUCUGUCAUUCAGCGGAGCUAAGAAAGUGGUUCUUUUCACGCUGGAGUUCCUCACCUCACCCAGUCAUGUGAAGGCGGUGCUGCUCGUGGCCUGGCCGUACGCGGUGGUCGGCGUGGGCUUCCUGGGGUUCGUGGUGCUGAAUGAUGGGAUAGUGGUGGGUGACAGGACGAGCCACGAAGCCUGCCUCAACUUCCCGCAACUCCUCUAUUUCUUCUCCUUCACCCUCUUCUUCUCCCUCCCCGUCUCGCUUUGUUACCACCGCGCUCUACGCUUCCUCCAGGCUCUGAAAAAGCAGCCUCUGUUCUUCCUCUUCGUCACGUGCGUCUCCUUGCUCCUGGUGUGGAAGUUCACCUUCGUCCACAAGUACCUCCUAGCAGAUAACCGCCAUUUCCCCUUCUACGUGUGGAAAAGGCUUUUCCAGAGGCACGAGCUGGUGCGCUUUCUCCUCGUCCCCGCGUAUGUGUUUGCAGGGUGGAAUUUUCUGGACUCCUUCAAGUCGCGCUCACUGUUCUGGAGUUUGGCGUUCUUGGCGUGCCUGCUGGCUGCCACGGUCCCCCAGAAGCUGCUGGAGUUCAGGUACUUCAUCGUUCCUUAUCUGAUGUACCGUCUGCACAUGCCUCUCCCCUCUCUUACCAGACUCAUUGUGGAGUUUCUCCUGUACACCGUGGUCAAUGCUGCCACACUUUACAUCUUCAUCAGUAAGAGCUUCCACUGGCCGGACAGCACGGCCACACAGAGGUUCAUGUGGUGAACGAAAAAGACUGAUGUCAGGAGUUCCCGGACUCGAAACAGGAUGGCGGUAUCAAAAGAGUUUUUUCCAGGGAACCACACAGUACAUGUAAUAUCUCAGAAAUCAAAGAAAAGCUUCUGUUACAUCUCAAAAUGGCUCAUACUUUCACCUGUUUUGUACAGUGUAACCAAAGGAUGUUUGGCAUAGAUUAUAGGCUUACACUGACAAUCAAUACUGAUAGUUUAAAACUGCUUUUCGUUGUCUGUAAAGCAAUGACAAAUAAAUAUUCUAUUCUAACGUGACGGGUGGCAGUGAAACUAAACUAAAAAACAUUCUAUCGUGAGGUUUUUAGGGUGUGCUUUGUUUGCAGUGACAAAGGCCACCCGCCCUAAAGGAGCACUGUAUAUUUACUGUCAGUCAGUUCACAAUUACAUGAAAAUGACCAAGAUUCCUUACCAAUAUUCCUAGAGAAUUCUCUUUAUUAAGUAUUAAAGGUUUUGGCUUUAAGAAUACAGCGGUGGAAUCAAUGUUGUAAAAUCCGGUCUGAGUUGUUAUGGUCUGUUUUGAUGAGAAUUCAUUGUGUAUAUAAAAGUUGUUUCUACUUUACCUAAAUAAAUUUUGGUUAAACUGUUGAUCCCUCUCCAGGGCAGAAAAAUAAUCGUGUAACAUUUUCUGCAGGUUUCUGGGAAUUGAUGCGGCUGGGUGGGGUUUUCCUAUGGCUAUAACAGUUUUGUACUUAGAAUGUAAAUACUGGAUGCAGUUUUAUGAAUCGAUCUUUGGUGAAAUUACUGUUGACACGAGAUGUAAAUAUGAUUAAAGAGAACAAAAAUGACAGCCAUAUUGUAAAGUUAGGAAGGUUUAUUGUAUGGGAUGUUUUUGUAAUAAUUGAGAUUUUUGCUUUUUGCCAGUGGAGAACACUGCUGGACACAUUUGCCCGGACAACUUUAUAAGUAUAGAAUGAAAUAAAAAAAUAUUCACUUGUCUUAAAAUUUUUACCUUGAUUUUUACUUUGACCAAGCCAUAAAGAUCCACUGGACGUGAUUUAGACUUUAGAAGGGUUUGUGUUUCAUGAAGUUUUUUUUCAGUUGUACUUGUAGUUGUUGUCUCCCCUUUCCUUUGGCUUUUUGCAUUGUGCCUGAUUUGUUUAUUUUUCUAUGUAGAUGUAACCAUGACGAUCUGUCCAUUCAGUUGUAUGCUGCUCCCCUGUUGAUACAAUCCUGCGCAAAGCUUUGAAUAAAAGUCCUCCUCUAAUAUAAA